GGGAGGCGAGCCACACGCACCCGCCGCGGAGGUGAAGGAUUAAAACAAGCCCCGGAGUUGCUGGUUGGUCUCAGCCUGCUUGUGAGCGACUUCCGCCCGGGUGUUUGGCGCUGACAGCGGCUUCUUCACCGGCUGUCAAAGUUUGUGCGACAUGGGGCUGCAGGGGCGCAGCGCGGACUAGGACGGGUUCAGCAGCUGUCACCUCGGCGAGAGGCUCUUCUUUGCGCCUUCAGAGCGAGACGGUGGAGAGCGGUUGAGUUUGGAGACAUGCAGAAGCUGAACUCGAGCGACAGCCAUGGGAGCACGCUGCCCCGGGACGCGGAGCUCCAGCUGCGGCUGGCGGACAGCGGAGGGAGCGCGGAGGGAAGGGAGAACGGAGCGGGGAGUCAUUUCCUCAGCCAAGCCGAGGAGGAGGAGAGCUCCAUGUGCACCAAGAGGAGGAUGCUGGUCGGUUUGGAUGUGAUUUGCCUUUUUGUUGCAUCCAUCCCAUUCUUUGCCUGUGAACUGAAGGCCGUGACUCCGUACAGGCGAGGCUUCUUCUGCGGAGACCCCAGCAUCCAGUACCCUUAUGUGGAGCGAGAGGCCAUCCCUGACUUCCUGCUUAUCAGCGGGGGCAUCAUCAUCACCGGUCUGACGAUCGCGCUGGUGGAAUGUUACCGGGUGCGUUUCCGAGGUGUGCACUCGCGGGCCUUUAUCCGCAAUCGCUACAUCUCGUGUCUGUACAAAGAACUGGGGAGCUUUUUGUUUGGCUGCUGCGUGGGUCAGUCCCUCACCAACAUGGCCAAGCUCAGCGUCGGGCGGCUGCGGCCCAACUUCCUGUCCGUCUGCAACAUCACGUACGCGUCCAUCAACUGCGUCCCUGGGAGCUACGUGCCCAAGGUGGACUGCCCUCUGGCCCGUAGCCAGAAGAUGGUGGUGGAGGCCAGGAAGUCCUUCUUUUCCGGCCACGCUUCCUUCGCCAUGUACACCAUGUUGUAUUUAGCCUUUUAUCUGCAGGCCCGGCUGUCUUGGCGAGGGGCUCGGCUGCUGCGUCCUCUUGUUCAGUUCAUCCUAGUGAUGAUCGCCAUCUACACCGGGCUGAGCCGGAUCUCCGACUACCGUCACCACCCGUCUGACGUCGUCACCGGCUUCAUUCAGGGCGGCCUCACGGCGUACUGGGUGGCCUUCUACAUCUCCUCCAUGUUCAAGCCCUGCGCCCGUCCGGACAUGUCCCCGACUUGCAUGUCUCUGGAAAGUCCACUGUCCAGCCAGCAGACGGUCUGUUAGCAGACGCACGCUCCAGGAAGCAGCGUUGGACUGUCAUGGCGACCGCCGCUCCCAGCGUCUGCAGAAAAGUAAACCAUUCUCAGAGAAUGCGCUGUUGACGGACAACAAUCUAACACUGACACGUAAACGUUCUCGCUAACUAGUCCACGUUCUCAUAUGUGAAACGCUAGAAGCACAUUUGACUCCAAGUCACCCCCCACCCCCCACCGUCCAGAACUGCAGAGUCACGAGACAGAUAUUUUUCUAUGUAAAUGAAAAGAAAAGUAUAUAAAUGUUUAUGUUGCGGAGGUCGCUCGAAGCUGCUAAUGUUGACAGAAAACAGCCGUGUGGUGGACGGACUCGUGUUGUUUUGUAGACGUCUUGUCAACUGAUGACCUCAGACGUACGGCUGAAACUGUACGGAGAUGACAGUGAAAAGAAACAAGCACUGACUUUGCUUAAAUCUCUGCUUUUGCUCAUGACAUCGACCCUCGGAAGAAGAAGAAACUGUACUGUUUUGUGCGUUACAUGGAGAGUAUUGUUCAGAAGCCGGCAGCACCUGUUCUGAGCUGUUACCGAUCAGUGACACUAAUCUGGUCCAAGGGCGAAGAGGCGGCGAGAUGAACCUGGAUCGGAGCGUCUGUGCAGACUUCCGUUUUGGGCUGCCAUUGUUCACAAGCAUCCCGCUACCUAUUUCACCUAGAACUUUUUCAGUUCAUCCGUUACUGCUCCGCACAUCCUCCAUCGUUCAUCCUCCGCUUUUCCUGCCUUUUUACCACAUUGAACAAGCACUGCAGAACGCUAGCCCCGGCUCCCACCGUGGUCAUAAUGUUAUGGCAGAUUGCUGUAGAAACUGCUUUCUUAUGGCCCUCAACUCACAACUCAUGAAAUUAGCAAUGGCUAUGAAUCAAAUCUCCAAAAUAAUCCCACUUUUCCACGACAAUAUUCCUUCAUGACAGAAAGUAUAAACCUGUUGAACCAUUCCACUUCCCAACCGACACUAUAAAAACAGACCCUAAAGCACCACCAUUGUUUAUAAGCACUUAUAAGCAACUUAUUACACCUUCCAUGUUUAAGGCAUAUACAUAUAUAUAUGUAUAUAAAUAAAUAAUUUCACGACACUAUUCGCCAUAGUGAGCCAGUGUCUGCUACGUUCUGGUGUGUAACUUGUUUAUAGGCGCCUGUAAAUGUUUAUGAACCACUUUUGUAGUGUUGUAUUUAUUUAAAAAAAGUUACUCUAAAGCUUAGCAGAGUCCGGUAACUAACUACUGCUCCAGUCAGUCGUCUUCUAAGCCUUUUUUUUUUUUUUUU